AUAAGAAAAUUGACUUUUCUUCACAUUAUAUUUAUUAUUAUCAUUUAAGGCCUGUAUCAAGGAUUCUGCUAACUCUUGAAUAUCAGAAUGAAUAAAAUUACCUGUUCAGAUGAAUACUUUCUUUUAACAAAUAAUACUAUCUCUUUACUUUUCAUGUGGAUGUUGUGGAACGAAUCAGCUCUUCAUGGUGGCUGGUCAUCCUGGGGGUCAUGGGAGAGGUGCAGCCUAACUUGUGGUGGUGGAUCGCAGAGCCGAGUGCGCAGCUGUACAAAUCCUCCCCCAAGGUGGGGCGGAAGGUGGUGCCAUGGACUUAGUAGCAUAAGCCAGUCUUGCAACACAAAUCAUUGUCCAGUCAAUGGUGGUUGGAGUGAGUGGAGUUCCUGGAGUAUCUGCACCAAAACAGUCAGUGGCAUACAGAUAAAGUUUAGAGAAUGUUCCAAUCCAGAACCAGCAUACGGCGGGGAACAUUGUAAUGGGAGCAGAGUACUUGUAAGGGAAUGUAACAAAAUGUCCAGCUGCCACGAAGUAUUUCCACUACGCUUUAGAACGGAGAGCAACCCAUCGCUUGGUACAAUGGAAAUCCAUACAAACAGCAGCUGGAAAAAGCUUUGCACCAGUACGUGGAAUAAAGUUGAAGUAGAUUUGACAUGCAUGGCAAUGGGAUACUCUAACAGCAGUGAUUAUGGUAGAUGGUUUGAAGACAGUGGCAAUGUAUCAGAGACAUCUACCAAUUUCAACUGCACCACCACUUUGACUAAAUGUGAAGAAAGCUUCUCAAACAAACUGCAACUCUGCAAAGUUCCCGUUCGCUUGAGUGGUGCAAAUGUAGAGUAUGGUGGUAGAGUGGAAGUAUUUUACAAAGGGAAAUGGGGAAAAAUUUGUACCAAUGGAUGGGAUUUCAAUGAUGCCCAAGUUAUUUGUCGCCAACUUGGCUUUGAAGAGGCUCUUGCUGAAUUUUUUGGCUCCAACGUAGAGGAUGGAAACACUACUUCUGUAAUGGCGGAUGUUUCCUGCACUGGAGCAGAGGAUGAACUUGCAUCUUGCACUCGCAGUGAUGGAAAGUUAAAUGUCCCCGGUCAAUGUCAAGGAGAUGGCAAAGGUUCCCAAGCACUGUGUCAACCAAAGAACAGAAAGGUAUGUGGAAAAGAGAAACUUCACUUUGAUGUCGGCAACAAUGAAAUCCUUCACUGCUCAAUACGUAACAAAACCAGGUUUGCGAGAUGGUUCAUUAAUGGUCAAAAGGUGCAAAGGAACACUUCUUCUUCCAAGAGGGUCAAGACCAAAGGAGAUGGUGAACUGGUCAUAGAAAAUGUGCAGUUGUCUGAUGGAGGAACAUAUGAAUGCCUCAUAGAGGAAUAUGUUCAGUAUUACACGGUCUACAUCAAUGCAAGAUUCACUGAGAACACUCGUGACCAGCAGAGCCUUAUUGCUUACACAUCUGGUAUUAUAAACUGUAGUGCUGAAGGAACACCACUUCCACAGAUAACAUGGGGGAAACAAGGAGAAAAGUUAGUACCUAAUGGAAGAAGAUUCGCUCAAAUUCCUAGCGGCAGUCUACACAUUGAUCUUGUUCAUCCUGAAGACGGUGGCACAUACAGAUGUACCAUAACACAAAAUAAAGGAUCAAAAAGGUUCACAAUCAAAGCUAAAAACAUAAGUGUGUCUGUUAUAGUUCGACCACAGGUUAAUGUUUCAGGAGCAAGCAAUCUAAUCAGAGAAGGAGACACUGUAACUUUGACUUGUAAAAUCAUUCAAGGUCGGCCCCAGCCACAGAUAACCUGGCUUAAGAAUAACUCUUUUAAAGGACACAACAUGUCUCUCUCCUUUAAUAAGAUAACAAAGGAAGACGCAGGUCUGUACACUUGUGAAGCAAAAAAUCGUGGAGGAAUUUCCGCUGAAAAUAUCUAUAUUUCUGUUAAAGUUCCACCACAUUUAAAUCCUGAACUCAAGAAUCUUUCAGUCCCACUGAACUCCACAUUUGAAACAGAUUGUUUUAAAAGGGCUGAUCCUCCAGUAUCAGUCAAUUGGACCAAGGAUGGAAAAUCUCUUGGUAACAACAACACAUUAGUUAUUAAGCGUGUGACGUUUGAUGAUGAAGGUCUCUAUGAAUGUGCUGCUAAAAAUCCGUUCGGAAAAGACAAAACCUCUUUCUGGAUCGAUGUUACCGUGUCUCCUCAGAUUCUAUUGUCUCCGAUAAACCAAUCUGUCACUGAUGGGGACCCAGUCAACUUUACUUGCCGUGCCACAGGUGUUCCAACACCAAACCUGACCUGGACAUUUAAUGGUGGUAAACUUCCAUUUGGUAUUAAUCAAAACAAUUUAGAGGGAGACUCAUUUCUGGAAUCAUUUCUGGAAAUGCAGAAAAUAACAAAGGAAAUGGAAGGAACGUACAAGUGUACAGCAGAAAACAAAGCAAAUAGAAUAAGUUAUUCCAUAACACUUCAAGUAUUUGAAAAACCCACCGCCAAAGUGAGUCCAGAGCCAUACCCAACGCUCAUUCAAGGUGAUAAGCUUCGGUUAACUUGCAGCGUCAACGAAGCAACAGUAAAUAUCACUUGGAGAAAAGAUGGAGACCCAAUAAAAGAAAGGGCAGUCAUUGAUACGCAAUUGGAUGAGACAACAAGUUAUCUGGUUGUUGAAAAGGUUGUGGAAGAGGACAGUGGUGAAUAUUCUUGUGAAGCUCGUAACAGACUAGGAAAUGUCGCCCGCUCCAUUGUGAUGAUAAAAGUCAACCCUGUGAGUCCAUUCCUAGUGUGGUAUUAUAUUUUUGGAUCAAUGGCUGCUCUCAUUGUUAUUUUGCUCAUGUGUUGCUAUUUUUGGAAACGUCGAAGGACAGAAUUUAGUCCUAAUCAAGGGGAAGCAGUUGAGAUGGAGCUGUUGAAUGUAGAAGUGGAUGAAUGGGAGAUUGAAGGGAACCGUGUCCUGCUUCAAGAGGUCAUUGGGCGAGGGGCAUUUGGAGCAGUGUGGAGAGCUCUCCUUAUUCCUCCAAAUGGGAGACCUGGAAAUCGCACAGUUGCCGCUAAAUGCUUCACACCCACUGCAGGGGAGGAAGGAAGAAAAUGUUUGAUGAGAGAGAUCGAGCUGGGAAAAAUUCUCGGUGAAAGUAAUCAGCCAAACAUUGUGAAGUUCAUUGGCUGUGUCACAAGACAAGUUCAUCCAAUGCUUAUCAUGGAACAUUUGCCGUGUGGUGACCUGCUUGGUUACAUGAGAAAAUGCCGAGGAAUUAAUGAUCGGUAUUAUCUUGGAGAAGGAAGGGCUCAAAAUUUGAACAACUAUGACCUUGUGCUAUUUGCCAAACAAAUCGCCGCUGGUAUGGUAUUCCUUGGAUCAAGGGGGAUAAUCCAUCGUGACCUGGCAGCUCGAAACGUCCUCCUUGAUAACAACUAUGUGUGCAAAGUGACCGACUUUGGCAUGGCAUAUCAAAACUUCAAAUAUGGUCAUGGAAAUGCCAAAAAGGGCUGUUUGCCAAUCAAAUGGACUGCACCAGAGAUUUUGUUGGGAAAUUUCGCUGGACUUUCCACCUUGAGUGACGUGUGGUCUUACGGAAUCGUUCUGUAUGAGAUAGUUACCCUUGGAGGAAUUCCAUAUGAAGGAUGGUCAGAAGGGAAUGUGGUUGCACGAGUCACACAUGGAUACAAACUUCCAAAGCCCGAUCAUGUUGAUAAUAAACUGUAUGCUAUAAUGAAAAGGUGCUGGAAUUUUGACCCCGACUUUCGUCCUCCCUUUGAAAGUCUUCGAAAAAGAAUGGAUACCUACCUUCGUGAAGAGACAUAUCUGCACCUGCUCGACAUGGGAUCUUAUGACACGACCAAAUACUCCAAGGUUGAAGAUCUCGGAGAGGAAGAUGCCGAACCAAGUGCACGACCUCUAAGGAACGCCGCGGCAAAGAGAUUAGGAAAGUGGGCCAGCGACCGUCGUUAGACAGUGUCAUUUUGAAUAUUGCUUAGGAACCAAGCACUUUGAAGUGCAUUAAGUAUUAGAAGAAAAUGUGUAAUGGUGAUAAUGGUGAUAAUUUAAGGGUGUUAUUGUGUUGUAAUAAAUCAAAGCUGUUUCCUUGAUGAGGCACCUUUAAGUCAGUUUAUUCUUAAAUCGCAAUUGAUAAAUUACUCGAUUUAGAUACAGCUGAUUAAGUCAGGAUUUUUAAAAAAGGAUGUUAUAAAUGAGAAAGCAGCUCGUCUAUUUAGAUUUCUGUACUGGGCAAAUUGUUUGCUACUGUUUACUGGUGAAACAAUACGACUAGUUGUUAGCAAUCAUGCAUUGAAGUGUCCCCUACUGGUGAUAUAGACUUAGUAAGAUAUUUAGUAGUUUUAGUGUUGAUUUAGUCAUGCACCUUUCAGUACCGUGUCCUUUGUCGACGAGAUUGGUGACAUGCCUUGUAAUGUGGUGUUACAUGGGUCGUAAAUUGCUUAAAUUUUGUGUCAUCGGUAUCAGAAAACGAAAAAAAGUGCAUUGCUAUUGGUAUGUUUACUCUAACCUUGUUGUUAUUAUUAAAUGCUUUUUCAUAAACGGAGAGAACCGUCUCAAUAGAGUGAUUCUAAAAUCAAAUUAAUCAAGUUAUUAUUCCAAUAUUUUCGACUCGUACAAGAAACAGAGAGCGCUAUUCAGAGGGGUUGUGGCUGAUAGACAGACCUUUGCUAUGAUGAAAUGAACCGCUUACUUCAAAGUGGAAAUGUCGCUAGAGCAAGGAUGAGCGUUUAUUUCUGUACAUUAUCGAAACACACUAAGCUAGAUAUAAAAUUUUGUAAAACACUCUAUAUAAUAUCUGCAAUAAAAGAGUAGAGGCUUACC